UGAUGAUAUAGAGGCACAGCAAAUGGCCUUGGGCUUCACUUGGAAAUACGACACCUUUAACUGGUGGAAAAGUCGCGACGAUCGUCAGAAAAUUUGACCCGAAACCGACCGAUCGGGGGACAUCGGUUCAAAUUUUUGUUUUAAUAUCUAUAAAAGUUGUUGCGGGGUCGAGGAUAUCAAUCACAUUACAUUUGAGACUUCGAUCGAACACACUGCGGAUAUCUGGAGGAGUACAUAUACGGAAGGCGAUGAAGAUCAUAGCAUCGAUUUUGGCCCUUGUGGUCAGUGUGACGGCACAAAGUGUCGUCCAAGUGCCCCCUCCUGGUCCCAUUCUACCGCAAGUAGAACAGCAAGAAUACCCGCCAGUCCAGCCAUUGACACCGUUCAACGUAGCUCCGGACGGAUUCUACGGUUACCAGCCUUAUCCUAGUGCCACGCCAUUACCUCAACAAACCCUGCCACCACAAACUCCGUACAACAACUUCGCUCCUCUGCCAUACCAGUAUCCCAUCGCUGCCUACCCCCACCCAGCUUACCCCAACCCAGCCUAUCCUCAAUUCCCCGGCUUCCCACAGUUCCCACAAUUCUUCCCUCAGUUCCCUAGUCCUUUCCAACCAGCUGUGCAUCCGGUUCUACAGCCACAAGCUAUCCAAUAUGGAGCGCCUCAACCGAAUCCUGCGUCCGUACCUUUCGUCAACUACCAAACUCAACAGUUCACACAGCCCCAACAGCUUCUACAACCGGCCAGCGUCCCUCCCCAGGGAGUCAACGGUCUUCCCAAACCGGUCAGUACACCGUACGUGAACAGCAACAACAACAACCAAGCCUAUGGUUCUGCGUAUGGAAUGUACGUAUCAACACCGGCAGCAGCGGGCGUAGCGGUGGCCAACCCGCAACAGGCUGCCCGAUACGAAGCCGUCAGUGGCGAUACGGUUCAUACCGCUUCGCUUCCCGGGCACGGUAAGGACUACAAAGUGGUGAGUGGCCAUGCGGCGCCGGUUCGUGCUAUGGAUGCGGGAAAGCAAUAGAUCCGUUGCGAGCGUUGUUCUAUGAGGAGGGCAGUGAUUGCCAAAAAUUGACUUGUAAUUUAGAUCUAUAAGUUAUGUUAUGAAGGUACAAUAAAUGAUAGAAUAUUUCAAAUAGUUUAUCAAUGAUUCCAAAAGCUUUUCUUCUCACACGCUUGUUUUCAACAGAAUAUUAUAAUCCCCUGCCAGCAUCCAUGUGACGCAGUUAGUCCAAUGCACUAUGCCGUUUUUUUUUUAUUAGAUUAACAAUAUCUACUUCUUCA